AACAGAGAAGAAAGAUGGGGCGCCUGGCCGGGGAGGGAACCAGCCAGAGGAGUGCUCGUGUGAGUCGAUGCCCGCGCUGUUCUGACGAGAGGAAGCAGAAGGCGGCGGCCGUUUUGAGGGGCGGAGGCUGACUGAAUGACUGAGGCACCUGAGCAGCCGCUUUUACCUCCUUUUCCUCCUCCCUCUCUCCGCCCUCUUAUUGGUUUCGACUUUCUUUCUUUCUUCUGCCCGGAAACUCUCCGGCGGCGAAGCAGCCACGUUGCCUCGGUCGCACCGAGCUGGGCCAGAUUCGGUGGCGGGUCCCCCUGAGGAGAAGAGAGGAAGGAAAGAGCCGCCCGCGCUUUUCGUUGCCCUCCUUCCGGCCCGAAGGCUCUGAGGCGCCCCUCCCCCCGCCAGGCAUACUGUAGACACCCUGAAUGAAGCUUGCAGAUCACUGAUGGUCCACGGGCCACAGUUUGGGAACUGAGGCUUUAGAACACACCUAACUCUCCUUUGCAUCUGUACACAUUGCAGGAGAAGAUCUCUAAUGGAAGGAAUCCUCUCUUCGCUACCAUCCAGGGACCUGCCCUGCUCCUGAUGUAAGCACGCCAGAUGUUGGACACUAUGGCUGAGCCUGCAGGAGAAGAACUGGUCUCCAAAGUUGGAGAACUCUGCCAUGAGUGUGGGCAGUUCCACCUAUUGCCAGACAAUCAUCUUUAUAACUUCCAGGAUGAAGUAGAUGAUGAGCUGACUUGCCACAUCUGUCUUCAGCCCUUACUACAGCCUAUGGACACACCUUGUGGACACACAUACUGUUUUAAGUGCCUUGAAAACUUCAUGCAAGAGUACAACUUCUGUCCCAUGGAUCGGAAAAAACUGUCCUUCCAGCACUGCCGAAAGUCUAGUCUUUUAGUGCGGAAUUUGCUUGAUAAGCUCAUUGUCCUCUGCCCCUUUCAAGAAGAUUGUAAGCACACUAUGCAACGAUGUGAGCUAGAGGCUCACUUACAAAACAGGUGUCCUGGCUUCAAGAAAUACAAAGUUCAACUAGAAAGGAAAAAGAAUCCUCGCUCCAGGUUGAAGGGAGAUUCUCUUUCCAGACUGGAAUCAAAUACUCUGAAGGAUCCUGAGAUAUUGAGUGGAGUGUCAUCCCUCGUGGCUGGAAGCUCAAUAGCUGCAGUGGUCUCUCUGGAGACACCAGAACCUGGGCUGGUUAAUCCAGCCUUUGAUGGGAGUGAAGAAGAUUUGCCCCAAAGAGCUAGUCUCCUAGCAGAGACAAGUACAAUUGAAAUUCACAGAGAAGACCCUGAGGAAGAACUUGGGAUGCGGAUCGUUGGGGGUAAAGACACACCGCUUGGCAAUAUUGUUGUCCAAGAAGUUCUUCAGGAUUCAGUUGUUGCUGCAGAUGGAAAAAUUGCACCUGGAGACCAUAUCCUGGAAGUGAACGGUGUCAAUGCUAGCAGUGUGACUCAUAGCCAAGCUCUUGCCUUACUGCGUCAACGCUGUGCUGUGCUUCGCCUCAUAGUACUGCAAGAGAAAGGGUUUACCACCAGAACUGGGCAACAGGAUUCUUGCUCUACAAUAAACCAGGAAGUGAUCCAUGUUACCCUUGUAAAGAGAGACCGAACAGAACCGCUUGGUAUCAAACUGAUCAGAAAAACAGAUGAGCCUGGAAUUUUUAUUCUGGACUUGCUAGAUGGAGGCUUGGCAGCCAAAAAUGGGAAACUGAGUCAGAAUGAUAAAGUUCUCUCUAUAAAUGGCCAGGAUCUACGGCAGGGAACACCUGAAGCAGCUGCACAGAUAAUCCAGAGUAGUGAAGCAAGAGUCAACUUUGUGGUUCUCCGUCACUCUGGUGUGCAACUCCCAGAAACUGUUGAAGAUGGCAGCACAUCAAAUACUAGCGGUAGUAGCAGUGGGGGAAGCCCAGUGUACCAUUGCAGGAGACUUGAACAGAAUCAUUAUCGACGAAAAUCCAGCUAUCAGAAGGCACUCCCUCAAGGAUACCUCAGCCAGGAGAAGGUAGUUAACAUAAAGAAGGAGCCGAAAGAAUCUCUAGGAAUAACGAUUGGAGGUGGAAGAGACAGUAAAAAUAAACUCCCAAUUUACGUAACUAGUGUACAACCUGUUGGAUGCCUCUUUAGGGAUGGUAGAAUUAAGAGAGGAGAUGUACUUCUGAGUAUAAACAAUAUUGAUUUGACUCAUCUGAGCUACAACGAAGCAGUCACUGCACUGAAAUCAAAUGCAGCAUUGCACACAGUGGCAUUGAAAGCCUUGGAAAUUGUAGUACCAGAGAGGGCAUCUGAAUCUACUGACACACCAGAAACCAGAGAAAGUGGAUUCAGGUGGGCUAGCUGGGCUCCUCUCUGGAUCAUGUGGCUGGGAUUGCCCAGCCACCUCCACUGCUGUCAAGAUAUUAUCUUGCAUAAAAGCAACUCUGAGAGCUGGGGGUUCAGCAUAGUCGGUGGGUUUGAAGAAAACAAAGGGAACCAGCCGUUCUUCAUUAAAACCAUUGUGCCUGGAACACCUGCCUUCUGGGACAGAAGGCUGAAAUGUGGGGAUGAAAUUGUGGCUGUAAAUGGAGUGUCUGCUGUAGGAAUGAGCAAUGGUGAGCUGAUUCCCAUGCUGAAGGAACAACGGAAUAAAGUAACUCUUACCGUAGUGUCCUGGCCUGGAAGCCUUGUGUAAGAUGUAAACUUAGUUUAAUUUGGGAACUAGUUUUGUGCCAGGUUUCAAGGAGAUGAAUCAACCAAGGAAGCAGUGAGCUGGUUUAAGACUGCUGUUCUCAAGAUCAUCAUCUGGAAUCCUAUUCCUAUGCCACAGGCAAAUUUAGCUUGAUUGAUUUUUCUUUUUACCCAACUCCCUGGCAGACAGAAGUCUUGCUUCAAUGAUCAAUUAGUUUUGUCAUUUAUGAUUUUUGUGUUUUUAUGUCCUUAUGUAUGAACCCUGAGCCACUGCCUGCUUCUUCUGAACUCCUAUUUUAAUCCUGAUUAGGUAAAUGAUUGCAAGAGACGCCUGUAAAAAAGGUUUGCAGGAUUACCUGUGUUCCCUGAUAUACUUGGUAAAUGCUGGCUAAUAUUUAACUUUGAUCACUUUAAAGAUGUUGACCAAUAAAUACAGCAACUGGUCAUUAAGUUCUGUCUUACAGGAGCGAUUGGCCCUUUCCAUGCUAGGUGGAAAGGGAAUGUAAAUUUCAUCAUUUGGGUAAGAGUCACAAGAUGCUCUUCCCCUUUUUUCAGCUCUGCCGUCUUAAACGUGAGGCCAUUUGCAAUGUAAAACUAGUCUCUGAGCAUUUGUUCUCUCUGUGUGAGGACAUGGUGAACUAAUGUGAUGCCAUGAUGCACUAGCUUUGUGGCUGAAGACUGGAUCUUCAUUGCUGUUGAGAAUGAGGUAUAGGACCAGUGGAAUAAUGUUUGUAUUGAUGCAUUAGUGCAUAGAAAUCUCUCGCCAUUUAUUUGUGACAUCUGUGCUUGUUGCAAACUAGGAACUGUUGGGUAGCAAGUUACAUCUCUUUCCCAUUUGCCCCCCCCAACAAAGUACAAGUUUAAGCACAGCAAGAGUGCUGUCUUCAUAACAACCAUCAGUCACUGCAGAAAGGAAAGAAAUAACCUCUGAUAGAGUUGGGGUUUGGCAUUCAAACAAUUGCAUGGGAAAAUUCUGCAACAUGAAGGAAAUCAAAUGGAUGGCCCUUGUGUCUCUGCUAACAAUGGAGGCUGCAUGCAAAGACUGAAGAAGUCUUUCUGCAUCAAGACUUUCAGUGAGCAAAUGGUAGGGCCAAAAUAGAUGUGAUAGCAGCAGAAGGGUGUGUGUGUGUGUGUGUGUGUGUGUGUGUGUGUGUGUGUGUGUGUGUGUGUGUGUGUGUGUGUGUGUGUGUGUGUGUGUGUGUGUGUGUG